AUGAGAGAAAAUGGGCCCAAGUUGAAACAGGUCACACUCAGACUGGAUAAAAGGAGAAAACCUUCCCCACGAGGGCAGUCAGGUAUUUCUCACUUUCACAGAGAUCAGGACCUUGGUGAUCGCACUGAAAUAAAGCCUGCUGGAACCCAAAAUAAAAAGAGGGUGACACGGAAAGUGUAUGAAAAUGCUCCAAGUGCUCCAAAUAAUCUCCCUACAAGUUAUUCUAUCAACAAUGAAAGAAAAUCCAGCAAAUCAUCAUAUGGUGCCUAUAAGGAAAAUAUAACUGGAAAUACUAUCAAAACUGUUUACUCUACUUCUGAUAGGAGUAUAAUUGGAAAAGAUAUAUGUACAUACUGCAGGAAGCCCUUGGGCAUAGAUGCCAAAAUGAUCUUAGAUGCCUUGCAAAUUUGCUGUCAUUCAACCUGCUUCAAGUGUGAAGUAUGCAAAAGACCACUGGAAGAUCUGAGAGCAGGAGACAGCAUUUGGAUUUACAGACAAACUGUGCACUGUGAGCCUUGCUAUUCCAAAGUAAGAGAAAAAUGGAUCUACUAAUUUGGACCAACACAAAGCAAGAUAAAUAAGUUCCACUGGUGUUUAGUCAAGUGU